UUCAUUGCUGAAAAGUUGUCAGCACUGCAUCGAGUCAGCUUUUCGUACGAGUAGUUCCAAUAUACGUUCGUGCGGUGUGAAUUUAAUUGUUUUCGCUGACAAAAUUAAGUACGAUUUGUUAAUUAAAUUAAGUAAAUCUUUCAAGGGACAUCAAUAAAACAAUGGCUGAUUCUAAGAGUGAGGACUUGGCUACUGCUAUUCUUAAACGCAAAGAUCGCCCUAACCGCUUAAUUGUCGAAGAAGCCACCAACGAUGACAACUCUGUGGUAUCUCUCUCGCAGGCAAAGAUGGACGAGCUCCAGCUAUUCCGUGGCGAUACCGUUAUUCUAAAAGGGAAACGCCGCAAGGAAACCGUGUGUAUUGUACUCUCAGACGAUACUUGUCCCGACAGUAAAAUUCGUAUGAACCGUGUUGUGCGUAACAACUUGUGCGUCCACCUUUCGGACGUUGUUUCCAUUCAUCCUUGUCCAGAUGUAAAAUAUGGCAAGCGUGUUCGUAUUUUACCUAUUGAUGAUACUACCGAAGGUAUUACUGGAAAUCUCUUUGAAAUUUAUUUGAAGCCCUACUUCUUGGAGGCGUACAGACCUAUCCAUAUGGGCGAUAUAUUCAUUGUCCGUGCUGCACUGCGACCAAUUGAAUUCAAAGUAGUCUUAACUGAUCCAGAACCGUAUUGCAUUGUUGCUCCAGAGACGGUCAUAUUUUGCGAUGGGGAUCCUAUCAAAAGAGAGGAAGAGGAAGAGUCUCUUAAUACUGUCGGCUAUGACGAUAUUGGAGGUUGCCGUAAACAACUCGCACAGAUUAAAGAAAUGGUUGAGCUUCCUUUACGUCACCCAUCUCUUUUUAAAGCUAUUGGUGUAAAACCACCAAGAGGCAUUCUUAUGUAUGGCCCUCCAGGUACUGGUAAAACGUUGAUUGCUCGUGCAGUGGCAAAUGAAACUGGAGCAUUUUUCUUUUUGAUCAAUGGUCCUGAAAUUAUGUCAAAAUUGGCCGGCGAAUCUGAGUCAAAUCUUCGGAAAGCUUUUGAAGAAGCUGAAAAAAAUUCACCAGCUAUUAUAUUCAUCGAUGAGAUUGACGCUAUUGCACCCAAACGUGACAAAACUCACGGUGAAGUUGAACGUCGUAUUGUUUCACAAUUAUUGACUUUGAUGGACGGAAUGAAAAAGAGUUCUCACCUUAUUGUUAUGGCUGCUACUAAUAGGCCAAACUCUAUCGACCCUGCUCUGCGACGUUUCGGUAGAUUCGAUCGUGAAAUUGAUAUUGGCAUUCCAGAUGCGACUGGCCGUCUUGAAGUUUUACGCAUCCACACUAAAAAUAUGAAACUAGCUGAUGAUGUAGAUUUGGAACAAAUCGCAUCGGAAACUCAUGGUCAUGUCGGUGCUGAUUUAGCAUCGUUGUGUUCAGAAGCAGCCAUGCAGCAAAUUAGGGAAAAGAUGGAUCUCAUCGACUUGGAAGACGACAAAAUUGAUGCAGAGGUAUUGGCAUCAUUGGCCGUUACAAUGGAAAAUUUCCGUUAUGCCAUGACAAAGUCCAGCCCAUCUGCUUUGCGUGAAACUGUUGUGGAGAUUCCCAAUACUACAUGGAGCGAUAUCGGUGGUUUGGAAAAUGUCAAGAAGGAGUUGCAAGAAUUAGUACAGUAUCCCGUUGAACAUCCAGACAAGUUUUUAAAAUUCGGCAUGCAACCCAGUCGUGGUGUUUUGUUCUAUGGACCGCCUGGUUGCGGUAAAACUUUAUUGGCAAAGGCCAUUGCUAAUGAAUGUCAAGCCAACUUCAUAUCUGUAAAGGGUCCCGAACUACUUACUAUGUGGUUUGGCGAAUCGGAAGCUAAUGUCCGUGACAUUUUUGAUAAAGCUCGUUCAGCUGCGCCUUGCGUGCUUUUCUUCGAUGAAUUGGAUUCUAUAGCAAAAGCUCGUGGUGGAAAUGUUGGGGAUGCUGGCGGUGCCGCUGAUCGCGUAAUUAACCAGAUUCUAACAGAAAUGGACGGCAUGGGAGCCAAGAAAAAUGUGUUCAUUAUUGGAGCAACUAAUCGCCCUGAUAUUAUCGAUCCAGCUAUAUUACGUCCUGGUCGUUUGGAUCAGCUUAUUUAUAUUCCACUUCCUGACGAUAAGUCACGCGAAGCUAUUCUUAAAGCUAACUUAAGGAAGUCACCUUUGGCAAAGGAUGUUGAUCUUUCCUAUAUUGCCAAGGUUACGCAAGGAUUCUCAGGUGCUGACUUGACUGAAAUUUGUCAACGCGCUUGCAAAUUGGCUAUUCGUCAGGCAAUUGAAGCUGAAAUUAAGCGCGAAAAGGAACGUGGUGAAAAUCAAACGUCGGCCAUGGACAUGGAUGAGGAGGAUCCUGUUCCUGAAAUUACUCGUGCUCACUUUGAGGAAGCAAUGAGAUUUGCCCGUCGUUCGGUAUCGGAUAAUGAUAUCAGAAAAUAUGAAAUGUUUGCCCAAACUUUACAACAAUCUCGUGGUUUUGGACAGAACUUUAGAUUCCCUGGAAAUUCUAGCAACACACAGGGAUCUGGUCCAAAUGCACCAGCGAAUCCACCAGGUGACAAUGGAGAUGAUGAUCUAUACAGUUAGAUUUUUAGCUUUAGUUCUUUUUAUAAAAAAAAAAACAUCAAACACAUUUAAUAUACAAAACGAGAAACAAAUAAACAUGCUACAUAACACUCAA